AUGGCUGCGACUUUGAAGAAACUCGUGGCCGAAUGCAACGUCCCAGGGAAUUUUCUCCCAGACGGGGCCGAGGUGUUUCUGACACACACGGAGGACAUGCCUGUGUCAGCUGAUGUCUACUGGUCCGCCUUCCGGAACUUCAGAAAACUGCAGCUACAGUUCGAGGGGCACGAGAACCUCCGACUGAAGAAAGGAUUUGGCUUGGUGGGCACGGUGGUUUCCUUCUACUACGACCCGACGGACCUGGUGGAGGGGCAGCGGGAGAUGAAGCUGGUGGAGAAUAACGACGCGACCAAGACCUGGCGGGUCGAGGAGGCCAAGCCGAACCAGCUGUACACCAGCUAUGAGAUGACCAUCAAGGUUGAAGGGACUGACACCGCCAAGGUGACCAUAUCCGUGCGCUUCGUGUCCGCCAUUAAAGAUCCGGUGAAACGUCGUGAAGACAUCGCCUACCACAUGGUUCAUCUGUUGGGAGCUCGCAUCCGGGACAUCCUGAAUUACGUUGUCCGUGAGAAGGUGGGAGGGCACCACCGCUUCGAGCUGGAGGUCGACUGUUCUCGCGAGAAAUUGUGGGGAACCGUGGGGAACUUCAAUGACGUCAGUUGGAUACGCGAAUCCACGCAUACCGUUGUGAAGGGGAUCCGUCGGACGAUCUAUUUCACCAAGGACCGUUCUCUGGAGGUCCGUCUGGCCUGGGCCGACUCCAGUGACUACCUGUUCGUGUAUGAGGGAGACAACAGUCCGGACUUUCUGCACUGCAAAUACUACAGGGGCAGACUCCAGUUCUUCGCCGUGAGCCCCAAGAGGGUGAAAGUCGUGUACGACUGUUCCUUCCUGCCGGCUAAAGACGCACCAGUGGAGGAGUUUAAGAAAUGGUUCGUUCCGGCUAUCGCUAGUAGGAUCGGCUGGCUCAAGGAGGCGUUUGGUGAAGCGAAGCCGAGUGUGAACGUAGAAGCCCCCGCCACGCCCGCCGGACCACCGGCCUUCAAGAAGGGCGCGUACUCCACCGGCGCCCGGGGGCUCGUCAGGGGUCCCCUGGAGGAUGUGUGGAAGGUCUUCCGGCCUUUUGGACGCGACUGCAUGGAGUACUGGAAGAUCUAUGACAACAUGGAGAUCGAGGAGCCCGGAAAUGACGUACAAGGCUGCAUCCGGUGUUUUGUGACGUCCAAAACCAAGAGUAAGAUCAGGGAGAGGCUGGAAUGGCGGGACGAUAACGAUCACGUCGAGAUCUACAGCCUUCUGUCCAUGGAGCCUCCCCCUCCAGUGACAAUGACAAAUGUCUACACCACCAUUACUAUGACGGAAGUUGGUGAGAAGGAGACUGAAGUGAAGUUCGAGUGUACCUUUGACGUCAGCGUGUCGUUUGCGGUGUCCCGUAUCCAAGACAACCAGAAGGCCGCGUACAUGGCGUGCAUCACCGGGCUGCAGCAGCUCUUCCACUCCGAGGUCGGGACGCUAGAGGUCGUUGUUGGGAGCGCCGCUGAUCUGGCACGCACUGACGGCUGGUUUGAUGCUGACCCGUAUGUUGUGCUCGCUGUGAAUGAUGGGAAGCCCGUGACCACAAAGGUGUGCCGCUCUACCCAGAAGCCCAUCUGGGACGACCGUUUUGCGCUGCCGGUGACUUCACGGACAAGAAACAUCGUCUUCACCAUCAUGGACCGAGACACGGUCGGACAGGACGACAUCAUGGGGACAGCUAACGUCAACCUGGACGAGCUGACGUCAGGUCAGGAGAAGAGGAUGACUCUGGACGUGCAGGGAGGAGGGACGCUGAACGUCCGGCUGUACCUGAAGAUGCACGACCAGCCCAAGGACGAGGUGGACGGAGACAAGCUCGUCAAACAGAUCACCCUGCCGUUCCUGGCCCCGGUGUUCCAGAGCGAACUGGACGCCAUCAGGAACGAGUUUACCAGCCUCAUCACCUCGUUUUUGGGCCAUGGUCAGAAGUACGAGCUGAGCUACAUGACCCGUCUGCGGACCCACCCCGAUGUACCCCUAGAGGAGAUGCCGGCCGCCUGUGUUCCCAUGCCGACUGGAGAGAUGUUCACUCCGCUUAAAGCCGGGCGGCUCAUGCAGCGCCUCAUGGAGUUCAUCAGCUCACAGGCCCAGAUCAUGAUCCGCCUGGCGCAAGUCAAGGGCAUCUGGGACCCGUGGAAGGCCAACUUCAGCGGCUACCUGCCUGCUAACGAGAGGCUGAUAGAAGAGUGGCAGAAAGACGAGGAGUUCUGCCGCCAGUAUCUCCAGGGCAUCAAUCCCAUGCUGCUGACCGUGUGUAAAGACCAGAGUCAGAUCCCUGCCGAGAUGUUGGAGCUCAAGGCACAGGGCAAGACCACGGAACAGCUCAUGGCCGAGAACAGGCUGUUCAUCGUGGACUACGCGCCCAUGCUCGGUGUUCCCGCUACCCCGGGCAAGUUCUUCUACGCUCCGAUCGUACUGAUGUACAAGGAGCAGGAUGGCGCGAAAUCUCGUCUCAAUCUUCUAGGAAUUCAGUUGUCAAGGAAGAAAGGUGAGAAUGAGGUGUUUUCCCCUGAAAGUGCAAAGACUCAUCCCAACAAGUACAUGUUCGCCAAGAUGCACGUAGUGUCCGCCGACAACAACGUGCACCAGUUCCUGUACCAUCUGGGCUACACUCACCUCGCCAUGGAGCCCAUCGCAGUGUCACUGCACACCCACCUGCCCCCGGACCACCCCGUCCACCGCCUGCUGCUGCCGCACUUCAAGGACACCAUCGGCAUCAACUACCUGGCGCGCCACUCGCUCGUCUCCCGCAUCUUCCCCAUCACCGACCCGAUGUUCGCUACUUCCACCGUGGGAGGGCUCGUCAUGUUCCUCAAGGAGUGGCGCAAGUACAACUUCAUGGACAUGGCUUUCCCAGAAGAGCUGAAACGCCGUGGGUUUGAUGAGGCUAAGACUGACGGACUGACGAACUACUUCUACCGGGAUGACGGCUUCAAACUGUGGAACAUCUACAAGACCUACGUGACUGGGAUGGUCGACAAGGCGUACACCAGUGACAAGGCUGUAAAGGACGACCAAGCUCUCCAGAAGUUCUGCCAGAUGAUAGAAGGUCCCGGACAGCUUCACGGAUUUCCUCGCGAGAUUUCGGACAAGAAGCUGCUGAUCGACUGCCUGACCAAUAUCAUCUUCAACGUGAGCGCGCAGCACUCCGCCAUCAACUUCCCGCAGUACGACUACUACUCCUUCGUGCCCAACAGGCCUGCCCAACUGUCGAUGCCGAUGCCUGACGGACCGAACGACAUGACGGAGUCUGCUGUUCUCGAGGCGCUGCCGCCUCCACAGUUCACGGGACUGCAGGUCCUUCUGUCAUACAUGCUGUCCAUGCCGUCACAGACUGCUAUUACUGGGGUUGAAGCCAUGAAGGAGGUGUACCCCGAGGUCCAUCAGAAGUUCAACACGCAGCUCAAGGAACUCUCCAAGGAGAUCCAGACUCGUAACGACAAGCUGAAGACGGAAGGGAAGGCCGCCUACACCUACCUGGACCCUGAGAACGUCGCGAUGAGCAUCGACAUCUAGACCCGGCAAUGUUAAAUGGACCAGAGUUUUCCUCAAAUCUAAAAUUGAACUACCAGAUAUUAUAUUUGCUGACUACCAGAUGUUAUAUUUGCUGUAAUACAAACUUAUUAUAAUGUAUUGCGGUCAUGAUUUUUGAACUACUAAUGCUGCCUGCAACCGCCAGUCAAAUGACUAAUAUUCUAUUUGUCCACGACAGAGAAUCAAAUACAGAUAUUUAUAUAGCAAUUGAAAGUACAAAAUAUAAUAUAAUACUAGGCGCUCGUGAAAUACUAUGACGACCGGUGGGAGACUAAGCUG